UUUUGAUUGAGAAAAAGAAAAUUUUUGUGGUGUACUGGUUAGAUUCGGCAUCCGGUUAGGUCUUCACCUUGUGAGAGAUUGUCUGUUUUGAGUAAGGAGUGAGAUUGGUUCGGGUGACUUCUACGGAAGGAGUUGAGCGGUCCCAGGUGACCAUAAUCUUGUGUUCGUCUGCAGCCACCAAGUUGCUAUUCUGCCGCCAGUGCACAUUGCGUGGCUAGUGCAUCAGUGGCGGUGGCCGUCCCGUCUGCAACGGGCAAAAUGGCGAAGCCGACAUCGUGCGAAACACGGUGGAAUGCAAUCGUGGCUUCGUUUGACAGAAACCAUGUGAACUUGAGAAUCAAUAAUCCUGACUGCCAGGAAGACAUCGAGUUACUGGGGAAAGGAUUGCAAACCAUUGGGCAGCUUAUCCAAACAUCGCCCUCAAUAAACGGGAACGGCGCAGUUUGGAACAAGCUGAUAUCUAAUUCCGAGGCAGAGAGGACAGUGCUGUGUAAGCACCUGGAGGGCAAGACGCUGUUUACAGCCAUGCUGCGCCUCUAUGCUGCCAUCCACAGGGAGAUGCGAGAGUCUCUCCUGCUGGAAGGGAAAGACGAAAGCGAAACUCCUCAGCAGAACAAUCUAAGAAACCAAAGCAAUCACCUAGCCCACGGGAUCCUAGAUUAAAAUCAAAGGAGGAAGUUGAAGUUAGAAACUUCUUUGCGCCCCUGAGGACGUCAAGUAUGGACG